UUAUUGUAAAAAUAUAAGCGCGUCGGUGAACAAGUGUCUCGUUGUGUAUUUUAUUAAAGUGUUUUAGUUUUUAUUAAAUAAUGAAUUAAAUAGUGUUUAGUUUAAAGUAAAAUUGUUAUAAAAAUGUUAAGAAAUAUUGCUAAAAGUGUUUUAUUAAAUAAUACUAAAAAUUUGUACAAAUUAAAACCACAAAAAUGUCUGCCACAAACUAACAAAUUUUUUCAUGCUGCUGCCGCCUUAAAGGCAAAACUUUUUAUGGAUCGGGAGAAUAUGCAUGCCCAUCAAGUUUUGGAAAGUUCCUUAAAAACCUAUCAGAUAUUAGAAGAAUAUAAAGAUAUUGUGCCGGCCAGCAGUUUAAGUGCAGAUAUUUUAAAACCCAAUGUGGAAAAUGUUUCCAUUCAACAAUUGUUUGAUAGUUUUAAAUUCCUGUGUUGUUACUGCCAACAAUCUAAUACUUUAAUAUCCCAACCACAAUUUAAUAGCUUUGUUAGCCUUUACUGUGAUAAGAUUCAUUUGCUAAGUGAUGAACAGCUAAAAGAUUCCCUACGUCUGCUGGCUGUUUUGCCGCCAGAACAUAGUGUACGUUCCGCCAAUUUUGUGGAACUCUGGAAUACUUUGGACAUAGAGUGUUGUCGUCGUAUAGAAAUAUGGAAAACAGACGAUUUAUUACUUGUGUGUGAUGCCUGGUAUAAAUUGAAUUUGGCUCGCAUAUGUGAAUACGUCUGGGAGGCUUUACGUAAAUUGGGACGCAAAGUUAUUAAAAUGCCACCCAACCAAUUGGUUCAGACCAUGUUUUUGUGCAAUAUUAUGAGACGUUCGGUCUUCGAUAUGUUUGAUUUUGAAGUGAAUUUGGCAAAAUGUGCAAAUGAAAUGACAAUGGCUGAAUUGGGUGUCAUGUCAAUGGGUUUCUUUAAGACUCAGACGCCAAUACGUAAUCAGGAGUUGUUGAAAUAUUUUUAUCAGCGUUUAAUGGAUGAACUACAUACGGUGGAUGAUAUUACAUUUGUGUCGAUCUUAAAGGUCCUACGCUAUAGUUCCAAAUUGCCUCAGGCUGAUAUAAUGAUGCAACUUUUAGACAAAAUUUGCAAAGAAAAACUAGACAGCAUGAAUCUGCUCACCUGCCUCCAUGUGGCUCUUCUCGGUUGUGAACUACAAUGUUGCCAUGAUGAAAUCAUAGAGAAAAUUAUGCACAAAUUUUACGAUCAACUCGAUACAACAAGACUUAAAGAUUUAGAACGCAUAAGUUUAGUUAUAGCCCUAUUCAACAUACACACUCCCAGUAAAAUUGAAGAGCAGCUGUGUGAAAAGAUAUUACAAUCUUUACAAGGACGUAUCGAAGAGAUACUUAGACAUCCUAAAUGUUUUACCAAUUGUUUACAUUUCUUAACUUUGCGAGGUUAUUAUGACAAAGAAAUGUUAUCUACUACAUUGGAAAGAAAAUUCCUAAGACAUGCUGUCGGUUCAAAUUUAGCCAUGAGUCGUGAAAUUUUCCAUUUGGAUACUUUCGUCAAAGUAAACCUUUUGGAAGAAGGUUAUGAAGGAGCACAAUUACUUGAUAAAGUACGCAAGACAAUGGGUAAAAUGUUGACUCAUUAUAUACCCGAGCGUAAUUCUAAAUAUAAAUUGAACGCUACGGAUAAUAUUUUAUUGCAAAUAAAGGAAAUCACUGAUACUAUUUUGCCUAAUAAUCAGCUCAAACAUAUAUUACCCAAUUAUGAUAGAUCGGAUGUGGUUAUAUGUUAUGAUCGUAAACAAAAGAAAUCUCUGGAGAUUUCUAAAGAUUGCCCUGAAAAUUAUAGUGGUAUUAUAUUGACCAGAGAUUUGUUAUUAGGGGCAAAUAAUCAUAAAGAAGUGGAUACUAUAGCUGUGAUUGUGGCCGGCUGGAAUAACGUAGUGAGAGGCAAGAAUAGACAUACCGGCUUGUUUGAUAUGAAAUUAAAACAACUGGAAAUAUUGGGUCAUAAAUAUGUGGUGUUUUAUUGGCAUGAAUGGCGCGAAUUGGAAACCCAUCAAGAUCGCGUACAAUUUGUUAAACGUCGUCUUUCUUCGGUGAUUAAUUUAUAAUAAUAAAAAAACAAUAAAACAUAACAA